GAAAACAAGCGGCGAAAACCUACAUGGAACAGCGCAGCUAUAGGGGGGUUUUCAAAGAAGGCGGACUUAAAGCGACCCCCACAGUUGAGCUUCCGAGGGUUUUUCAAUGCCGACCAUUUCUUAAAGUGCAUCUUGCAGGCGCUGACUUUAAGAGCGACGGUCAAAACGUGCGUAAAGAUAAACCACUAAUAUAGAUAUUAAUACUCUCGCUGGGAAAAGCAGAAAACACGCAAGGAGAAAGAGAUUGUGGCCAUCCCAUUUAUUCCCACACCUCACUGGAAUUAAAUUGAAGGCUUCGUGAAAAGAACCUUUGAUAUUCAAGUUAUUGAGCGACCUACUUCGUCAUAAACAUACAAGCCAAAAAAUAAUAAAUUAAUAACUUGAAUGAUGGAACCCGCUCAGUCAGAGAUCUUAUCCAACGGGAAAAGUCACAACCUUGGAGGGGAAAUGGUUGUGCCGAUGAAGAUGAUGCAAGAAGAGGAUGUAAAUGGCACUCAAACAGUCAGAUUUGAUGAUCCUGAUGGAGCGCUGGAGAAUGAGGAGUUUUUGCCAAGUGGAGACGGGAAAAAAAAUAUACAUUUCACAGAUUUUGAAGGAAAGACCUCUUUUGGCAUGUCUGUCUUCAACCUGGGUAAUGCUAUUAUGGGCAGUGGAAUCUUGGGAUUGGCAUAUGCCAUGGCCAACACUGGCAUACUUCUUUUCUUGUUCCUUCUGACUGCAGUAGCAGCUUUGUCAUCUUACUCCAUUCAUCUGCUGCUCAAAUCCUCAGGCAUUGUGGGAAUUCGAGCUUAUGAACUGCUUGGAUACAGGGCCUUUGGCACUCCUGGAAAAAUGGCUGCUGGUAUAGCAAUCACUCUGCAGAAUAUUGGAGCUAUGUCUAGCUACCUGUACAUUGUGAAAUCGGAGUUACCGCUGGUAAUCCAAACUUUCCUGAAGGCAGAUCCCGAAUCUCAUCUGUGGUACUUGAAUGGAAACUACCUGGUCAUGAUGGUCUCUGCCAGUAUCAUCUUGCCCCUGGCUUUGAUGAAACAGCUUGGUUACCUCGGCUAUACCAGUGGAUUUUCCCUCAGCUGUAUGGUGUUUUUUCUCUCUGCGGUUAUCUAUAAGAAGUUUCAGAUUCCCUGCCCAUUUGAAGAGUUCUCAGCCAACAGUACUGCUGAGCACCUCAGCCUGAAUGUCUCAAGUCACGGCCACGAGUACAACAACGGUCUGGUUCACGAGGACGACUGCACUCCACGCUUAUUCAAACUCAACUCACAGACAGCAUACACAAUCCCCAUCCUGGCUUUCGCCUUUGUUUGCCACCCUGAGGUCCUCCCCAUCUACACCGAGCUCCGCAAUCCAACGCAGAAGAGGAUGCAGAAGCUUUCCAACAUCUCAAUCUUAGUCAUGUACACCAUGUAUUUUCUGGCAGCUCUCUUUGGUUACCUGACCUUUUUGGGCAACGUGGAACCUGAACUGCUGCACACUUACAGCCGGAUUGAUCCCUACGACACUCUGAUCCUGUGUGUGAGAGUGGCCGUCCUCACAGCUGUGACGCUGACCGUCCCCAUCGUGUUGUUCCCUGUACGUAGAGCCAUCCAGCAUAUGUUGUUCCCCACUAAGUCUUUCAACUGGCUGCGUCACAUUGGCAUUGCUAUGGUUCUGCUUACCCUGAUCAACAUGCUGGUGAUAUUUGCUCCCAACAUCCUAAGCAUCUUCAGCAUCAUUGGUGCCACGUCGGCUCCAUGCCUCAUUUUCAUCUUCCCUGCUGUCUUUUACAUCCGCAUCGUUCCCAAAGAAGAUGAACCCAUGAAUUCUGUUCCUAAAAUACUGGCUGCCUGUUUUGCUGCUUUGGGGGUCAUCUUCAUGGUGAUGAGUCUGAGCUUCAUCAUCAUAGACUGGAGCACAGGGGGCGGUCUCGCUGCUGGAGGCCACUAGAUGCUGCCUUAGUGUGUGAGCUCCAGACAGGGGGAAACAUAACUGGUCAAUGUAAAGGGAGCUCUGUCACCUUAGUGGAAACACACUAACAGUGUGUUGGUUGGAAUCACACUGCUCAAGUUAAAUUAACUUUUUGACUGUAACUUAACACAUAUCUGAACAAAAUCCUUGCUUAAUGAUGUUGUUUAAUUCAGUUUAGUGCAAUUGUGAUGCACAUUUUAUAAAUAAUCAGGACUAUACAGGGUAUAUUUUUAUUACCAUCUGUUAUUGCGACUUUAAUUUCCUCUUUAUUUACACACAAACAACUGCAGCUGGUACUGUAUAGAAGAAGAAGGAAUGCUUGUCUAUAAUGUUGAAAACAGGAAGGCUUCAGAACAUGCAUGAGAAAUAACUAUACACAGAUAUUCAUUAUUUUCAUUGCGACACACAAAAAUACAAUAGAAUCAGAUGAUCUCAUCCUGAACCAGCUGCAUUCUGAACUAUUUAUCACUAUAAAACAAAAGUGCUUUAAGGCUUUAGAGAGCAGUGACACUUCAUUAUAUGAUCUGUCGAGUUGUUACAUACUAUGUCACACAAAGCUCUUGUUCCAGAUCAACUCCCUUCAGAAACCCUGGUGCCUUUUAGCAUUUGGAACAGCACACAAAUACUGAGCAACAACAGGAGUAUAUAUUUAUUUAGCUACUAUAUCUUUGUUUUAUAAUUUCAAAUAAACUAUAUUUAACUACUGUAUAUGAUAAAUACAAUAAUCCAAAUAUAUCACAAUAUAGUUUUCUUUGUUUGAGUUUACAGUAUAUAAAUGAUGGAAAUAUUUACGAAUGAAGAUAUUUUAAAUGUUUGAUAAAAUGCAACUUAGGGUUAUACCUCCUUCAUAGAACUUUGAACACACAUGCCGAACUUUGACCUUAAAUAUAAACUCAGUACAGCUACAGCUAGUUUCAACCUAACAGUUCAUUACCCCCUUAACAUGUUUGUUCCCCCUUUACAAGUCUCAUUCAGUUUUUAUAAAUUCACAAACCAAACGUUAUACCAUAUUAAAUGAUGACAUAAUAUCUUAAUAUGUACCUUCAGGUUUAAACAAUUCAUUGAACUUAAAUGACACAUCUAGUCAAAAUCCAAAUGUUAAAUGAAAGGAAUAAUUGGGGAUAUUUCCUUAUUCACUUUCUUUGAAAGUUGCAGACAUGGGAAAAUUAAAACCACUCUUACAUAUGUGUGCAGCAGAUACAUACAAUCAGGAGAUGGUAAUAACAAGGGGGGAAACAGCCUGGCUCUGUCCUGGGGUCAAUAGCCUUGCAGCACCUCUGAAGCUCACUAUCAAAGACUUAAAAUCCGGGAGUCACUUACCUCUAGUGAAACAUCCAGUAAUGCAGAGCAGGUUUUUGACUAAGGACAGUAGUAUGCGGGAACUAAAGCAAUGCACAUAUCAAAUAACGUAUGCAAAUGAAACACACAACUAAGGGUCAUUUAGGGUCAUACUUUUUAAAGAUAAUUUAGGUUAACCCAACCAAGCCAAAUGGGUUCUUAACAAUUCCUGGCCACACAAAAUGGAUUUGUAAAGAUGAACCCACUGGUGGGACUGCAAGAAUUUAACAAGUUAAUUUUUAUUAAUUUGAAGAUGUAUUAUGCUGCUGUGAUUCCUUCGUAACUUUGUUGCCUUACUGGUUUUUAGUAUAUUGAUCUGCUUUCACGCUUGUUGACUGUUUAGACUUGCGGUUAAUGUUUCGCGUGUUGUUAAGUCCAGUCCGUCCUGUAGUUGGUUUGGUGAACACAGGGAUGUUCAUUCUGACACUGUCAUGCUUAGAUGUUAUUGUGAUUCUGUACAUUUGUCAUCUUAAAGUGAAGUGUAUUGAGUUGAAAUCCUGUGAUCUAGUUGUUAAAUUGUUAUAUUAGUAUAUGAAGCCCUUUUUAAACGUUUUACAUGAAACAAUGUUUAGUUGUUUAAUUGUAUGGAUGUGGAUGGAUACUUUAGGUGAAUGUUGCUUCUCACAAUAGAACUACAACUUGCAUAUAAAUUAACUUUUAACAGAUUACAGGAGAUUUGGUUUUACAUAGAAACCACAAAUGUGUCAGCAGAAAAGGUUUAAGCCUAAGAAAAAUAAAAAUGUGCUGCUCUUUCCCCAAAGUUCUUAUAUUUUAUCACAAUACUAAGGCUUCAAAAAAGUCCUAUGCAAGUCAUCACUUCUUUCAUUAUAUUUAUGAAUAUCAUAUUUGCAGUUUUCUUUUUUACAGAUAAAUUAUUUACCACAGCCGAGGAAAUAUGCACACACCAAACUCCUUCCCUUGUUUUUUCACAAGUGUUUGCUGUGGUUGUUGUGGGGUUAUUGUAGGUUUAGUUUUUGUCAUGUUGAGUGAAUUUGUUCUUCACUUUCAGUGAUCAUGCCAAAAUAACAACUGACUAUACUGCAUUGAAAUGCCUUUAACUUUCAAACAGAUAUCACUGUUUCAAUACCACACGCAGUAUUUCAAAUAUGCAUUCUUCAUUAACCAAAAAAAACAACAAUGUGAAAUGGUAUUAUAGCUUUUGUUUCAGACAUAUAUUUUUGGAAA